GAAAAAGUUAAAUACCUCAUCAUCAUCAUCAUCAUCGUCAUCGCCGCGUAUCGUCGUCGCGUCGUCGUCCUCGCGUGGAAACAAAUGUGCCUGGACAAUGUCGAAUCCUUGCGGUAGCAGGAGACCUCCGCCCACCAAGAUCCGUUUAACGAUCCUGUGUGCUCGGAAUCUAGCAAGGAAAGAUCUUUUUCGUAUGCCAGAUCCCUUCGCUAAAGUAAAUGUCGAAGGCACCGGUCAAUGUUUUGAAACCGACACAUGUAAAUCAAGUUUAGAUCCAAAGUGGAAUCAGCAUUUUGACUUAUACAUCAGCAAAAAUGACGGCAUCACCAUAUCCGUGUGGAACCAUCGAAAAAUUCACAAAAAGCACGGCGCCGGCUUCCUCGGCUGCGUCAAGAUACAAUGCAAUACCAUCGAGAGACUCAAGGAUACUGGAUAUCAACGUCUGGACCUGGUCAAAGCCAAUAUGGACGACAACGACCAGAUCAAGGGCCAGAUCGUGAUAUCGCUGCUGUCGCGCGACGGCCACAAUCAGAGCCUGUUCGAGGGCCACAACGCCGUGGUCGACGCGCUGGGCGAUCUCAGCUGUCCCGCCGACCUGCCCGAGGACUGGGAGGAGCGCCGUACGGCCAGCGGCCGACUGUACUACGUCAAUCAUCACACGCGAACCACGCAAUGGGUUCGACCGACGCGGCAUUACCAUUUAUUCAGUGCGAAGAACAUAAUACCGACGAGUCCGGAGACGGCGGGUCCGCCGCCGCCGCUCGACGCCUGCGAGUACAACGACAGAGCCGGUCCAGCGUCACCGACCGGCACCAACAGCACCAACGCCAGCAAUAACACCACCACCGCCACCAACACCACCACUACUACCACCACGGGUGGAGGCAACGGCGGCAGCGACGGGUCGUCGUCGAGUCCCGCCACCGCCAGCACCACGCCGACUUCGGAAACGCCGAGGCGGCCGACGAGGCCGCAGCCCCAGCAACGAACCCCGACGUCCAACAGCGACGAGCAGAAUGGCAACAACAAUAAUAAUAAUAUUAGCAGCGAGUCACCCGGUGGAGGCGGUACGGCAGCGGCACCGUCGCCGGCGCCGAGGAGUUCGCCCGCUGGCGGAGCCGCCGCGUCGAAUGGUGGUGGUGGUGCCAGCCAGCAACAGCCGCCCCAGCCCAGGAGGCCGAGUCGAACGGGUCGACGCGCCGGCGAUCGCAGGAUCGAUAACGAUCUGCCGCGUGGCUACGAGACGCGAAAAACGCAGCAGGGUCAGGUGUACUUUUAUCACGUGCCAACGGGAACAUCGACGUGGCACGAUCCGCGGGUACCGCGAGACCUCCAAGCCGAGGAGCUGGAACUGGGCCCGAUGCCCACCGGCUGGGAGAUGCGCCAGACGCCGUCUGGACGAGUUUACUUCGUCGAUCACAACAAUCGAACCACCCAAUUCACCGAUCCACGAUUAUCACCGCAAAUAAUUCACAAUUAUCUCAAAAGAAAUGCCUCUUCCACGCAGCUGGCCAAUAGGAAUAGUACGACGACGAUAACGACUGCAACGCCGAGAGCGGAGCCGACCACCACCGCGACCACGACGACGACGACCACCGCGGUUACUACGGUCCCGACUCCGACUCCGGCGAUAAACGUGAACCAGCAGAGGCCCAGACCCGAAGCCGCUGGCAACAAUAACUCUAUAAUGACUGAAACAACGGCUACGCCAAAUGGUCAAACUAUUUCUGAUUUACCCAAGGAAUUGAUGGAGAGCGAACUGCUUCCGAAAUACAAGCGGGAUCUGGUCGCAAAAUUGAAGUGUCUGCGAGCUGAGCUGAACGCGCUGCAGCCGCAGACGGGACACUGUCGAUUAGAGGUGUCCAGAAGCGAGAUAUUCGAGGAAUCUUAUAGGUUGAUCAUGAAAAUGCGCCCCAAAGACAUGCGCAAGCGCUUGAUGGUUAAGUUCCGCGGCGAGGAGGGCCUCGAUUACGGCGGCGUCGCUCGCGAAUGGCUCUACCUGUUGUCGCACGAAAUGUUAAAUCCGCAAUACGGUCUGUUCGAGUACUCGAGAGACGACAACUACACUCUUCAGAUCAACGCGGACUCAGGUAUCAAUCCGGAGCACUUGUCCUAUUUUCAUUUUGCCGGUAGGAUAAUAGGCGUGGCGGUGUUUCACGGCCAUCACAUCGACGGUGGCUUCACCACGCCGUUCUACAAGAUGUUGUUGAACAAGGCCAUAACGCUCAACGACAUCGAGGGCGUCGAUCCAGAACUCCACCGAAGUUUAACCUGGAUGCUGGAGAACAGCAUAGACGGCGUGAUCGACGCGACGUUCUCGGUGGAGCACAGUAGUUUUGGGGCUCUGAAAAAUCACGAGCUCAAGCCGGGCGGCAAAGACACGACGGUGACCGAGGAGAACAAGAAAGAAUACGUGAAGCUCUACGUGAAUUAUCGGUUCAUGCGCGGCAUCGAGCAGCAGUUUCUCGCUCUGCAGAAGGGCUUCCACGAGCUCAUACCGCCGCAGCUGCUGCGACCGUUCGACGAGCGCGAGCUGGAGCUAGUGAUCGGUGGCCUCGGCCAGAUCGACAUCAGCGACUGGAAGCAGAACACUCGCCUGAAGAACUGCACCUCCGAGACGCCGGUGGUCAAGUGGUUCUGGCAGAUCGUCGAGUCUUACGGCGAGGAGAUGCGCGCCAGACUGCUGCAGUUCGUUACCGGUAGCUCGCGCGUUCCUCUGCAAGGCUUCAAAGCAUUACAGGGUUCAACAGGCGCCGCUGGGCCACGUCUUUUUACCAUACACGCAAUCGACGCACCGAGUGAAAAUCUACCAAAGGCACACACUUGCUUCAACAGAAUCGAUAUACCACAAACGUAUCCAAAUUAUAAGAAAAUGCUGGAUAAGCUCACCCAAGCCGUCGAAGAGACUUGCGGCUUCGCCGUUGAAUAAGUUGUAAGAUUUUGUAGCUAAUAGCGGUAAUAUUUCGAAAUAUUAUUGACGAAUAAUAAUUGUGUGAGGCACGUUCUAAGGUUUUUGCCUUGACAGCUAUAGCCAUUACUUCUCCGUUAAACGAUAGCCAAUAUAUACACGAUCACGCACGUAUCGCCGAAAGAAAUUACAUAGUGUUUGAUUAUACAUACUGGUCAUGGGGUAGGUAAUAUUUGGUGCAAAUAAUGUCCAUAAUUGUAAAUAUAUUAUUUAAAAACGAAAAAAAAAAAUGAUAGGAUUUGACGAAUGUUCAAAACGAUUUUUAUACAAGUGUUCACGUGUUACAGGCUUUAUUUUUAAAGCCCCGCAAAACGUUUGAAAAAAAUUGACAGCUUAAAAAAUGAGCACCCAUAUCUAGUAGUCAAAAAAAUGUUCGAAGAUAUAUAUUGUUAUUUUCUUUACCUUGAAGCAUAUCAAAUAUGUAUGCAAAUACUCCACUAUAGUUUUUUUGUUACUCCAACUCGUAUUUUUUGGACUGCUGUAAUUAUUUUUGCAUCUCUUUUAUUUUAUUAUAAUUAACAUAAAAAUCGUUUUACUCAACAAUUAAAUUGUAUGAAUUGUAAAUCUACUUUAUUCGAAAUAUUUAAGUGGUAAAUUUAUUAGUUUUUAAAAAGCGUCCAAUUGUUCGCCUGAUCCCAUUGUAAAAAAUUAAUUGUAAAUUUAUCAAUUCCACGAUUCACAUAUCUUAAUAUUGCCUUGAUAGAACAUAAAAAUCCUGUUCAGUUUUUGAGAGAAAUCACUAGAACAGAUUUAAGUGGAUACAGUCAAUAACUGUACUACUCGAGGUUUAUCAGCAAUUGAGUCAAAGUUUGAAAUUUUUAUUCAUAAACUAUCACGUAAGACAACUUUUUAGAAUAUCUCAAGAUACGUUAGCUAUUUAUUUAUUUAAUUUUUAGAUCACAGAGUAAAAAGUGUAAAUUGAUAUUUUAAUUUCAAAUACGUGCUAUUAGGUCAUAAACUUUUAAAUGAAAAAUCAAUUUUUAAUUAUUGUUUGGAAUAAUUACUGAAGUUUAUUCGAUUAUUGACUUCAAUUUUUUAAUUAUAACAGCCAAUCGUUUUUAAGACUCAAUGAUUUGUUGUGAAAAUCAAUUUUUAAAGCAAUGGAAAGUAGUGUUAACCAUUAAAUAUUUUCUACUGCUUAAUUUUUCAAAUGAUGUCCUAAAAUUAAUUUGAUCAUCUAAACCAA